CGGCAUUGUGGGAUUGCCGACAUACUCAUUAGGAAACACACCCCCUCUCGUUAAUAUUGUAAAUAAUGUUGUUAAUUUAAUCCGUUGUAGUUGUUGUUCAUCAAGAUGAUUGGUGGGUUGUUUAUAUACAACCAUAAAGGCGAGGUCCUCAUAUCUCGUGUUUAUCGAGAUGAUAUUGGACGUAAUGCAGUUGAUGCUUUUAGAGUAAAUGUGAUUCACGCCCGACAACAAGUCAGGUCACCUGUAACUAAUAUUGCUAGGACAAGUUUUUUCCACGUUAAACGCUCCAACAUCUGGUUGGCAGCCGUCACAAAACAAAAUGUUAAUGCAGCAAUGGUCUUUGAAUUCCUUUUUAAAAUGGUGGAAGUUAUGCAGUCCUAUUUUGGAAAGAUCUCAGAAGACAACAUAAAGAACAACUUUGUUCUUAUUUAUGAAAUUCUCGAUGAAAUACUAGAUUUUGGUUAUCCCCAAAACACAGAUACUGGAAUAUUAAAAACAUUUAUAACUCAACAAGGUGUGAAAUCACAGUCGAAAGAAGAAACGGCUCAGAUAACAUCACAAGUAACUGGACAGAUAGGUUGGCGUCGUGAGGGUAUUAAAUACCGUCGGAAUGAAUUGUUCCUGGAUGUCUUGGAAUCUGUUAAUCUUCUCAUGUCUCCUCAAGGACAAGUAUUGAGUGCCCAUGUAGCUGGGCGUAUUGUUAUGAAGAGUUAUUUAAGUGGCAUGCCGGAAUGUAAGUUCGGCAUCAACGAUAAGCUUUUGAUGGAGAGUAAAGGAAAAAGCAGCUUGGAUGAUGCAGGAAGAGGGGGCGCUACUGGUAAAACAGCUAUUGCUAUUGAUGACUGUCAAUUCCACCAGUGUGUUAAACUUAGUAAAUUUGAAACAGAACAUAGUAUUAGUUUUAUACCACCAGAUGGUGAAUAUGAGUUAAUGAAAUAUAGAACAACCAAGGACAUUAGUCUACCAUUCCGUGUUAUACCAUUAGUCAGGGAAGUUGGUCGACAAAAGAUGGAAGUCAAGGUUGUCGUCAAGUCAAACUUCAAGCCUUCACUUCUAGCCCAGAAAGUUGAGGUGCGAAUUCCUACACCAUUGAACACAAGUGGCGUACAAGUGAUCUGUAUGAAGGGAAAAGCUAAAUAUAAAGCCAGUGAAAAUGCUAUAGUUUGGAAAAUCAAGAGAAUGGGAGGUAUGAAAGAAUGUCAACUUAGUGCUGAGAUAGAACUUUUAAAUACUAAUGAUAAGAAAAAAUGGACAAGACCACCAAUCUCAAUGAACUUUGAGGUACCAUUUGCUCCAUCUGGUUUCAAGGUUCGUUAUUUGAAGGUAUUUGAACCUAAGAUGAACUACAGCGAUCACGAUGUUAUCAAGUGGGUCAGAUAUAUCGGACGUAGUGGAUUAUAUGAAACAAGAUGCUGAGAUAACGUACAUAAUAAACAUUAACAAACAUCGUCAAAACUAAGGUCAAAAAUAAAAAUACCUGUGUUAACAGUCAUUGAACCGAUGGACCCUAUUUGUUUCAGCCAAAAUCGCCAAACCUAAACUUUCGCUAAUUCGGUCUUGACGCGAUUACCUCUAGACAAACUCCCAUCAGUGAAAUUUCGGUAGAAUUUUCGAGAACUGUACUCGGUAAUUAAGCUAGAAAUGCAUGGAAAUAGAUAAUACAAAACCCACAAAAACCCCACAAAAAAGUAAAAAGACUUUCCAACUGACCUAUCCUAUUUCAGAGUCCAAGUUAUCGUAUAAACACAGGUAUUUUUUUUGUUGGCCUUAACAAAGUCAUUAGUUAUAGUCACAAACUUAUAAUUAUAUAGAGAAUGUAAGAAAGAAUUAGACACCAGAACGACGACCCGAAACCAUCAAAAUUCCCAUUGGUCGUGCUCUAAACCAUUUUUGGGCCUGAUCCACAGUCUGUCCCUUUUUGUUUCAUCAAAAAAAACAACAUUUCAAUAGUUACUCGGUCAAUAUGAACUGCAAAAAAACUUUUGUCAGAACUUUUAAACCAUAUCCAAUUAAAAAUAGUAAAUUUGUCAGGGAUAGAGAUAUGUACAAAAUAUAUCUUUAUGGGAAGUAAAUGUCAGAAAUAAAUGUUUUUAUAUUUCACAACAACCAAUAAAAUAUGUGAAUCGUGUCAGUGGGGCAAUGCAAACACUUUUGGAUCUGCCCGAGGGUCUGUCCCAUUGUCAGUUUUAAAUUCUUUCACCGUUGAUGCAUUAUAAUGCUGGUACUGAAUUGAGAUUAUGUCUUUUCAACAAUUAACCUGAUAUAAUAUGAGUUGAGAAAUUUCAUAUUUACGUGACGCAUCAUUUUAUUCAUCAAAGGAGUAGUUUUAAUUUCGUUGCAUUAGAUUUUUGAGCCAGCAGUUUCUUCUUGGGGGUGAGGAUCUUUAAAAAAAAAGCCUAAGACUCUUCCAAUUUUAAGUAUGACCGACAUGAAACUGGACAUGCUUGUUUUUUGGACAAUUGCCCCUCGAUUGACGGACUUCAAUAUUUGUUAUGAAUGACAUCACAAUAACAAGAAACCUUCGAGGACGUAGAUUCCUGGUUUAUAUAGCACGUCUGUUGCCAUGACGAAAGACUUGGUUCCAUUUUCAUAAAGUACUCUAGUGCUUGUGUGUGUUAAUGAAAAUGGAUUACGUGCUGCCAUUAAAUUAUUAUGUAUUAAGAUAUUUCUACGUUAUAUAAUUGUAGCAGACGUCUUUUGUUGAAUUUAUAUACGAGAUGUACGUAUAAUUUACGAGUAGAAAAAUUCAUUUACUGACAUACUUAUAAAUGGUAGAAUUGAAAACAAUAAUUAUAAAUGUAUUUUGUUCAUAAACAUCACAGAUUUUGUUUUAGGAAUUGGUGCAUUCAUUAAUGAUAUAUCAUUGUCUGAAUUAUAUAUAUGUAAUGUCUGUUAAAGUUGCAAUUUCAUAUUUUUAAGUUAUGUUUUUAAAAUUUAUUAAAAUAAAGCCUUAAAAUAGAUGGUAUCUAUAAACAGUCCUACCUUGUUAAAGAGUAAUCCUAUUAAUCCUAUAAUUCACUAUUGCCAGUUGAAAAAUUGGCAAAAAUAUCAUUUUCAUCUUCAAUUUCCAACGUUUAAAGAUAACUACUCCAUGGUGGAGAAUAGAAAACAAGGGAGGUAAUUGUGUUAUUAUUUCCGAUGUAAAUGACUUUCUUAGAAAAUAUGAAAUUGUAACUUUAAUGAAUUGAAAUAUUUGAGAUUUAUUGUAGAAUAACACAUAUAGUUAUAUGUCAAUAUCAUUAUCUGAGGUGAUUAUCCAGAAAUAUGUAGGUAUAUAUAAGUCAAUAUUAUUAUCUUAGGUGAUUAUCCAGACACUUUAACCACUGGCAAUAACAGAGGGGGUGGGGGACAGUUGGCAUGGGCCUAGGAUUUUUAAGGGGGGCUUCUAACCCUGGUCAAAAGGGGGAUCUUUGGUAAAAUUAAUCGAGUCAACUUGGAUCCUUCCGUACUAAAUAUUAAACGGGCAUUAUGUAAGAGCUAAAUCUGCCUAUUGCAGGUCUUUCAUUGGGCCUUAAAUGUUAUAUAAAUUAUUAAUUGGGCAUUAAUUAACUUAUCCAGGCCAUAAUCAACUCUCGAUGCCAUUGAGUGGCUCUGAUUUUAAGUAGAUUAGAACGGUUCGGCCAUUUAAUGAUUUAAUUUAAAAAUGGAGAAGCUAGGCUAAGCGAACAACCAGUACAGUGGUUACGAUCAAUGUAUUCAUUUUGCAUUAUCUAUUUUUGAACUAUUAUAGCAUAGCGAGAACAGCCAGCUCUUUAUCUAAUUCUUACAUAAUCUAUCGUAGCGAGAACGGCAAGCUCUUUAUCUAAACCUUACAUAAUCUAUCAUAGCGAGAACGGCCAGCUCUUUAUCUAAACCUUACAUAAUCUAUCGUAGCGAGAACGGCAAGCUCUUUAUCUAAACCUUACAUAAUCUAUCGUAGCGAGAACGGCCAGCUCUUUAACUAAAUCUUACGUAAUCUAUCGUAGCGAGAACGGCAAGCUCUUUAUCUAAACCUUACAUAAUCUAUCGUAGCGAGAACGGCCAGCUCUUUAACUAAAUCUUACGUAAUCUAUCGUAGCGAGAACGGCAAGCUCUUUAUCUAAACCUUACAUAAUCUAUCGUAGCGAGAACGGACAGCUCUUUAUCUAAAUCUUACAUAAUGCCCAUUUAAUAUAUACCCAACAAUAUAACAUGUAUUAAAUUUAGUACUGAUUGCAGUUUGAAAUGAACCCCACAUUUUGCCAUCUAGCUAGGGUCUAUUACUAGCUUUGUACAGGCUUGUGUGCAAGGCUUUCAAUUAAAACUUUUGCUAGCGGGUCAGUUUCUCAUCUACAUCGGCCUGUUUAUUUGCAACAUUCCUAAUGUUCUACGACGUUAAAUUAAUUCUUAUGUUAGAAUAGUUUGAUGGUGUAAAGGUUUCUAUAUCUAGUUUAAAGAUGCAUCAUGUAAGAGAUAAAUCUACCCAUCGCAGGGCUUUCUUUAGGCCUUAGACAUUUAUUAACUUGGCAAGACCAUAAUCAACCCUUGACGUCAUCAGAUGCUAUAGAUUUUCAACAGAUUUAAGUAAGAUUGACGGUUAAUGAUUUAAUUUUAUAAUGGAUAAUCAAGACUUUGUUUAUUAUCGUAACAACGGCAGCAAUGACAAUCGUGACUACACUGUUCUGCAAUCGACGAUAACACAUAUAUUCCCUUAUCUAUUUUUGAACUGUUAUCGUGAGAACUGUCAGCUCUUUAUCUAAAUCUUACAUAAUGUAUCUUUAAAUUCACUUCAGUAUAUAUAUAGCUUAGAUUGGUGUUAAAAACUGUUUUCUUCUCAAAUGAUCUUAUAUAAUGUGACAUGGAGAAAUUCAACAUGUGGGUUGAUUGAUAGUGUGUUUGACAAAUUUAUAAUAGAAUUGAAACUGGACUUUUGUUGCCUACAUAACAUUUAUUGCUAUUAAGUUAUAUCGUAGUAUUAGAUAAGCGAAUUUGUUUAUUUUAUCUCGGGAGAUAACUAGUAAGCCUGACAUCACCCUUAUUUAAAGGCCUGAUGCGUCGUCAUUUGGAUUUUCAAUAAAUUAUCAAAUUUAUCACUACUUAAUACACGCUAAAAAAAACAAAAGUCCGAUUACCAACGCUAGAUAAUGUCCUGGCUUGGAUUCAGUCAGAUUUAAAAAUAGGUUUUUAAGUGCACUGCAUAUAUCGUUGAAUGCAUCAUAUCUUUGUAAAUACUGAACCGAUUUGAACUAUUAUAUAAUUACAGAUUCAACUUUCGUAAUAUCGUAGUUUGCAAGGGAUUCGUAUUGAACUUAAUGACGUAUCAAGCCUUUAAAUAAGCCAUAUUGUAGUAUUAGAUAUAUAUAUAUAGCCCUGUAGAUAUAAUACUGUAUAUUCUAAGCACGUAUAUUAUUAUAAAAAUGUCACACAUCACUUCACUGUUUUUGUUGGAAUAUAUCUUUAAAUAACAAAUGUGACAGCAAAAUUAGUUGCAUGUCACGAUGUUACCAUUGAUGAUAUAUGAACAACUAUGUUGAAAUAGGCUAUAAAUAUCAAAAAAAAUUAGUUUGCUGUAUUUGUCAAAUCUAAACUUUUACCUUUCAUGUUAUAUCAUUAAAAAGAUAUUUUUAGCCUAUUUUAACAUAUUUGUUCAGGUCACAAAUGCUUAGUGUUAAUUAUUAUUAUAGAGAUAAUGAAUGUUUUUUUUUUUCUUUAGCUAUUAAAUCUGUGAAGAUGUAAUAAAAUCAUAAUAUAGUAUACUGUA